AUGGUCGUCGUUGGUCUCAAUGGAUUUAUUGCUGGAUACAAGAUAGGUAUAUUGACUACAAUUGAAAAGCGAUAUAAUCUAAAUAGUGCCCAGCUUGGUACCAUUAGCAGUAUGUACCAAGUGGGCCCACCUGUCACUAUGUUGUUCUGUGGUUAUCUCUGUGGGCGACCCAACGCUCAUCGACCAAGAUGGAUUUCAGUUGGAACCUUGGUAGUUGCGGCAGGAUUAUUUAUAUCUAUACUGCCACAUUUAACCCUCGGUCCGUAUGAAUACAUACACGAAACAGUGACUGAACAAAUAAUAAAUAUACAUCUAUGUUCCAACAACAGUGGAAAUGAUUUAGCCAAUGAAACAACCAGUUCAACAUCAGAAGAUACAGUUAAUGUUCAACAAAGUUAUGUAGCAUAUUUAUAUUUUGUGUUUGGUGCAUUGAUGACGGGGGCUGGAUAUAGUCCUAUAUCAAUACUUGGAAACUCAUUUAUAGAUGAUUUUGCCAAGCACACUACAUCAGCCUUAUAUCUAGGACUUGUCAAUAUGAUGUGGGGAUUUGGGCCUAUUAUUGGUUUGGUGGCUGCCGGGGCCAGUGCAUAUGUGUACAUUGAUAUUAACAGGAACAAUAUGGAUACUGCAGACUUGAAACCAAUGACAUCGUCAUGGCUUGGUGCUUGGUGGCUGGGAAUUGUCAUUGUAAUUCCAUUCAUGGUCCUCGUGGCAUUUCCGUUCUUCAUGAUACCGAAACAUUUGACCAGAAAUUGUGAAGUCCGUCGGUAUCAAAUUACCAACAAGAAUAACAAAGAGAGACGAGAAAAGAAAUCAAUUCCAUCAGUACAGGCAUUUAUGACGACGUUAAAGGAUGUUUUGCAAACGUUGUACAAUCUGAUGAUGAAUCCACAGUUUAUGCUGGUUACAGUGGUAUUUGCAAUUGACUUAGGGAUAGGCAUCGCCCUGGGGGCUUUUACACCUAAAUUCAUCCAAGAAGAAUUCUACAUGACACCAUUGGUUGCAAAUCUGACUGCAGGAAUAGGAUUGGGGAUAGCAUACGGCAUUGGAGCAUGUUUAGGUGGUUAUAUUAUUAAAUGGUUCAAAAUAAUACAAGAAGAUGCGUUGACAAAGUUUAUGAUGAUUGCAAUAGGUGUAUCCGGCAUAUUAAGUUUGGCAUAUUUGUUUGGUUGCAGUGGUGUAACAAACAACAAAGGGUAUGCUGAACGAAUUCAAAAAUAA